AUGCUGUAGCAUUUAUCGAGGUAAGACUUGAUCAAAUUCAGCAGUUGACUACAUUGCAUAAACGAGAAGAAGCUCAUGAAUCCACAAAAAAAUCCAACCUUUGAGUUCUAGUUGCAGAAAUAUUCAUCGCGAUGAUUCAUCUUCCCUCUGCAUCGAUUCAUCUCCAAAAGGUUUGAAUUUGAUGAAAAAACAACAUUAAAUCUCAUCUCAUUCAUCAAUCGCUUUCUUCAAUUUUAGCUUGAUCUCUCUCAAUUUGCAAUCCCUCUUUCUAGGGUUAGGGUUUGAGAAUCGGUAGGGUUUUCUCGCUUUUCCAGGAUCUCUCUUCGAAUUCCCAAAAUUCGACCAAAAGGGUAUCUAGGGUUUAGUCAAUUAACCAUGCAAUACAGGCGGCGCGAUGAAGAGCACGCUGCACUGUCUCCGUCUCCCAAGUUGCGUGCUAAGCACCGACUCGGACCGGUCGGAGGAGCGAGUCACGACCCGCUUCGGAGGAGGCUGGAUCGAUCUGCGGUGCAGCAGAGGAACGUGAGCCCGAUGGAUAGGGUGAGGAGGGGUGGUGGUGGUAAUGGGUUUGAAGGAAGGGAUGGUGAUUGGCAUUUGGGUGCUCGAAGGAGCGGUAGGGUCCGAUCCCGGUCGCCUCCUGCUGAACAAGUGAGGCAAAGGUCACAUUAUGAUGAUGGGGUUGGCCAUAGAAGUUCAUCUCCACUACCGCCACCGGUACCACCGCCGCCUAUGGAGAUGAGAACAAGAUAUGAGUUACCAAAAAACAUGGAUUACGGUGUCGAUGAUGAUGAAAACUUGGAUGCGAAAUGUGUUUACCUCAACAGAGAGGACUUGAUUGAAAGCAGAAAUGGACAAGGUAUUGUGGAUCCAAAGUUUGUGCCGCGUGAAAAUGAAAGAGGAGGAGGUUCAUAUAGGUUAAUUCCAGAUAUGGGUGUAAGUGUAGCACCACAAUAUGAAGAAGCUAGUGGGCCCUUGCCUCCGCAGCCAUCAAGGGGUGUGGCAGUGGGGAGAUUUGAGCAUGAAAGACUACAUCACCGAGAAUCUCUACCUAUGGAUAAGAUACCUGUCACUGAAUCCCACAGUGGGGCAGAUAAAAGUGUAUUUCAUGGAAGGAAUGUUCCGUAUUCUGGCGUUUCUCCCUCUUAUACAAAGGAUUUUGCAGGCACUUCACACUCUAGGGGUUAUGGGAGCUCCUCCGCAGAAAUGUCGAGGAGUGAUUUUCUGUGCAUGAGAGAUGAUGGCGUCUGUUUACCUGCAUCUUAUGACAUCUCAAGGAGCCGUGGAAAACUCGCAGAAGGGGUAGAUUUUAGUUCACAUGGUCAAAGGCCACUUAUAGACACUACAAGAGGUCCUGAAAUUGGGCAAAGGAAUAUGAUAUGUCACCAACAUUGUGAGUUUAGUCCUCCCAGGAGUGAGCAUUUGGAUUACUUUAAUUCCAAAUUACCGGUAGGAGCAGCGCAGGAUGAUCAUAUAUAUCAGUAUGGUGAUUUACCUAGAAGGAUAGCUCCUCAUAGUCGAUUGGACUAUGAGCAAGCUGUAAUGGAAUAUGAUGAAAGAGAGUUGUCCAGACCUUACAUCUCACAUCCUGAUUUAAAUAGAUCUGGUAGGAGUGAAGGUUCUUAUGGCGAUCCAAGAAGGGUUAUUAUACAUGACCGCCCUUCAUUUCAGGAACCGAAAUAUUUUGACCAUCAUGAUAUGAGAAGAACAUCAAUUCCUUCGAUGCAAGAUGAGGCCUAUUUACGUUCAGGAUAUAAUUAUCAUGAAAGUGGGAAAAUAAUACCGCAAGAUUAUGAAGAUUCAUAUCUUGGUCCACCAGAGGCUGAUCGCCAAUCAAUGUUAAGAACAGAAUAUGAAUAUCAAAGAGAUAGAGGUCUAGGGGUUCAGCAAGAAAGGUUUGAAAGUUCACCUUUGUCUAUACAUGAAUCAGAAACUACUUACAGACAAUCUACCAGAAUGCAGGAAAUGGAACAGGAUCAUGGUAUUCAUGACCAUUCAAAUAGACCUAUGAAAAGAAAAUACAACACCCAUGAUAAAAAGGAUGUGCAUGCUUUGAGAGCAAUGAGAUCAAGUAAAUGGGACGCAACUGAAGAAUUUCAAGAUUUAUAUGAAAGUGGAGAGUGGAUAGAUGAUGAAGAUAUGAAUGUGUUGUAUUCAUCUGAUAAUGUUGGGUUCAACCAUAAGGUGUACAGGAAAGAUAAGAAUGAAUUCAAUGAGUUUGGGAAUGAAGGAAAUUUUCCUUCUGAUGAGUGGACAUUACCUCCAGAUCGUACAGGACAUGGACACAGACAUCCAUUUCAAUAUCAGAAGUAUUCUGGUCAAAAUGUAAAGCAUCAUUCAAAGUUUGGUUCUUCAAACUGGUAUAAGUUUCAGCAUUUUUCUAAAAGAAAUGCAAUUCAGAAACAGCAUAAAGGUUGGAAAAAGUAUCAUGGUCAUGAUGAGAUUAAGCAUACAACUAAUGAUGAGUCAUAUGAAGAGGACUGGGAAAAUGCUGCAGAACCUGAGCCAACUGAGGGCUCUGAGGAGUUUGAACAAAUGGUACAUGAAAAUUUCUUAUUGUACUCCAAGAAGUUGAAUCUGAACCUAUCUGUCCAAAAAAGGUACAAAGACCAAGGAAAAGCUGGUACUUUGUUCUGCGUCGUAUGUGGUAAAAGCUCCUCAAAGGAAUUCAUGGACACUCAGCGCUUAGUUACUCAUGCUUUUAUGUCCCAUAAGACUGGGCUGAGAGCAAAACAUUUGGCUCUUCAUAAAGCAAUAUGUGUUAUGAUGGGAUGGGAUACUGUUGUUCCUCAAGAUACAGUAACCUGGGUUCCCCAGGUCCUGCCCCAUGCCGAAGCUCUGGCUCAAAAGGAGGAUUUGAUUCUUUGGCCUCCUAUAGCUAUCAUCCAUAACAUAUCGAUGUAUGAUGACAAUCCACAAAACUGGAAGGUUGUAAGCAUGGAAACUAUUGAAGCAUUUCUAAGAGGCAAAGGUUUUGUGACUGGAAGAGUCAAAUUAUGCUUAGGGAAGCCUGCAGACCAAAGUGUUAUUUUGGUGAAGUUCUUGGGCACAUUUGGUGGGCUGGGAGAUGCAGAGAGGCUUCAUAAAUACCUUUCUGAAAAUAACCGGGGGAGAGCUGAAUAUGAGAAGGUAAAAUCUGGAAGUAUCAAAAGCUCUAACAUAGGAGAGACAGAUCAGGGAGAGCAAGUGGAGAGUAUUCUGUAUGGUUAUGUGGGAGUUGCAGAUGACUUGGACAAACUAGAUUUCAAUAGUAAGAGUUGGAGUUUGGUAAAGAGCAGGAAGGAGAUUGACGACCUGGAAAAGGCUCCUGUUAAAACCGAUAAGAGCCGUUAGUUUCAAAAUGGUGAAAGACCCUUUUAGAAAUUUCAUGCUCCUCUGAUGCAAGAGUUAAGUAUGGUCAUUACAUAACUUGUCUGUCCCUGUGACUAUGUUAUCAGAUCAUGUAUAUGGGACAGGAACUAGAACUCAAUCUUUAGUCCUACUGUAAGAAAUCUUUUCAGUUUCUGAAUGUUUUUAACUGAAUCUGACUUAAUGCUGAUUCAGAAUCCUGUGUUAUUGUAUCGAGCACUAUGGCCCUGUGUUAAAUGUUCCUAAUGAAUAUUCCCUUCUAUCAUUAAGGUUCAAUCAUAGUUCUCUUAUUCCAACAA